CGCUCGCUCAUUCCGCCGCCGCCGCGCCGCUGUCCGCCGGCUCGCUAACCUCAGGAUGGCAGAGGCUCACCAGGCCGUGGCCUUCCAGUUCACCGUCACCCCCGAUGGCAUCGACCUCCGGCUGAGCCACGAGGCCCUGAAACAGAUCUGCCUCUCGGGACUCCACUCCUGGAAAAAGAAGUUCAUCCGCUUCAAGAAUGGCAUCCUUACCGGCGUGUUUCCAGCCAGCCCCUCCAGCUGGCUCAUCGUGGUGGUUGGCGUGGUCUCGUCCACUUAUACCAAGGUGGACCCCUCUUUGGGGCUGAUCGCGAGGAUCAACCGGUCCCUGGACACGGUCGCCACUGGCCGCCUGUCCUGCCAGACCAAGAAGGUGGUGAGCAGUGUGCUGUUCGGCACCGGCCUGUGGGUGGCGCUCAUCAUCACCAUGCGCUACUCCCUCAAGGUGCUCCUCUCCUACCACGGCUGGAUGUUCGUGGAGCACGGCAAACUGAGCCGCUCCACCAGGAUCUGGAUGGCCAUGGUCAAGGUCUUCUCAGGCCGGAAGCCCAUGCUGUACAGCUUCCAGACGUCCCUGCCCCGCCAGCCCGUCCCCGCCGUCAGAGACACCAUCAGCAGGUACCUGGAGUCCGUGAGGCCGCUGAUGAAGGAGGAGGAGUUCCAGCGGAUGACGGUGCUGGCCCAGGACUUCGCUGCCAACCUUGGACCCAAACUGCAAUGGUACCUGAAGCUGAAAUCCUGGUGGGCCACAAACUACGUGAGCGACUGGUGGGAGGAGUACAUCUACCUCCGGGGCCGAGGGCCGAUCAUGGUGAACAGCAACUACUAUGCCAUGGACCUGCUGUUCGUCAAAUCCACACACAUCCAGGCAGCCAGGGCUGGGAACGCCAUCCACGCCAUGCUGCUUUACCGACGCAAGGUGGAUCGGGAGGAAAUCAAACCGAUUCGCGUGUUGGGGUCCACAGUCCCGCUGUGCUCCGCGCAGUGGGAGCGGCUGUUUAACACGUGCCGGAUCCCAGGGGAGGAGACUGACACCAUCCAGCACCUGAAGGACAGCAAGCACGUGGUGGUGUACCACCGGGGCCGCUACUUCCGGGUGUCGCUGUACCACAGCGGGCGGCUGCUGCGGCCCCGCGAGCUGGAGCAGCAGAUGCAGCGCAUCCUGGACGACCCCUCGGAGCCGCAGCCCGGGGAGGCCAAGCUGGCUGCCCUCACCGCCGGCGACAGGGUGCCGUGGGCCAAGUGUCGCCAGGCGUACUUCAGACGGGGCAAGAACAAGCAGUCCCUGGACGCGGUGGAGAAGGCGGCGUUCUUCGUGACGCUGGACGAGACAGAGCAGGGGUACAGGAAGGAGGACCCCGUGGCGUCCAUGAGGAGUUACGCCAAGUCGCUCCUGCACGGCAAAUGUUAUGACAGGUGGUUCGACAAGUCCAUCACCUUCAUCACCUUCAAAAACGGCAAGAUGGGCAUGAACGCCGAGCACUCGUGGGCGGACGCACCCAUCGUGGCCCACAUGUGGGAGUUUGUCAUGGCCACGGACGUCUUUCACCUGGGCUACGAGGAGGACGGGCACUGCCGAGGAGAGACCAACUCCAGCAUCCCCCACCCGACUCGGCUGCAGUGGGACAUCCCGGAGGAAUGCCAGGCGGUCAUCGAGACCUCCCUGAACAGUGCCAGUCUCCUGGCCGACGACGUGGACAUCCACUCGUUCUCAUUCAACGCGUUUGGCAAAGGCUUAAUCAAGAAAUGCCGGACGAGCCCCGACGCGUUCAUCCAGAUGGCCCUGCAGCUGGCGCAUUACAAGGACAUGGGCAAGUUCUGCCUCACCUACGAGGCCUCCAUGACCCGGCUGUUCCGGGAGGGGAGGACCGAGACCGUGCGCUCCUGCACCAUGGAGUCCUGCAGCUUCGUGCUGGCCAUGGCAGACCCCACGCAGACGGUGGAGCAGAGGCUCAGGCUGUUCAAGCUGGCGUCCGAGAAACAUCAGCAGCUGUACCGUCUGGCCAUGACGGGCGCGGGCAUCGACCGCCAUCUCUUCUGCCUUUACGUCGUGUCCAAAUACCUGGCCGUGGACUCCCCCUUCCUGAAGGAAGUGCUGUCUGAGCCUUGGAGGCUGUCGACCAGCCAGACCCCUCACCAGCAGGUGGAGCUGUUUGACCUGGUGAACAACCCGCACUACGUGUCUGGCGGUGGGGGCUUCGGGCCGGUUGCUGAUGACGGCUACGGUGUGUCCUACAUCAUAAUGGGCGAUAACUACAUCCACUUCCACAUCUCCUCCAAGCUGUCCAGCCCCGAGACGGAUUCUCACCGCUUUGCAAAGCACCUGGGAGAAGCCAUGACAGACAUCCUCAACUUGUUUGGGCUCACACCUAAUUCCACAAAGUAAUCCCACUAGGCCACGGCGAGGGGAAACUGCGUGGCCUCCACCAAAUGAAGAGUAGGCAUCAUCCUGAUCCUAGCUCGGGAUGAAAAAAACAAAAACUUCUCCUUCCAGAAAGCGUUGGCCGUCUCUCCCUCGCGUGGGAGCCCCACUGUGCGAAGCGCAGCCCUCCUGCUUCAGGGGCAUCCCGAGGCCGGCAUGGGCUCGUCCUUAGUAGGGCUGCAGCUUCGCACACGGAGGGAGCAGACGCUGCUGGUGUCGGCGGUGCUCUCAGCGCUGCCCACGGCGGGGCGCUCGCGAGAUCCGUCCUUCCCGGCCCGUGCCACCAUCCGUCCGCCUUUGCCAUGUUUGGAACAAGCGGUGGCCAUGUCUGUCCAGUUACUGACCCUGCACAUUUUCAGAACCCAGUGCCUUAAAGACUGAGGCGGCGUGGCGUGAGGUCUUUGGUGGGGGCGGGAGGGAGUCCUGCUCCUUUCUCCCACCCUAGAGGGCCAGGUCCCUCGUGGGGACCGCGCUGCUGGCAGCCAGACACAGGACAGAUGUGUGUCCGGCGUCCAGGACACACAGGCUGGGGACCUGGCUAUGGGAUUGGUGCCAUGGGUGCAUGCCGCGGGGCUGGCGUGACGAUGGCCAAGAACUUGAGGGCGCAGGGCACCCUGACAUCACACCUGGUCCAUGGCGGCCGCCCUCAUGUCUCCAUGGCGGGGCCAGUGGCGGUAACAUGGUAGUGACAUGUCCCUGGUCGCAGUGACUGGUGCUAGGCCCGCAGCUCCCUGUCCCAGGAGUGCCUUUCGCCAGCAGGCCUGAGUGGCCACAGGGCAAGCCACGCACUGAGUUCCCUUCAGUAUUCCAUGUCGCCCCGCAGCUCCCAUCACAGGGACAUCCCCACGCCCCGGCCCGUGGUGACACGCUUCGCUGGCCUCUUCGUAAGUGGUGUAUUUAUUUUUCCCAGCCCUGGCCUGGUCCUCGCCGGCUUCGUCCCUUGUUGCUCCCACAGCUGCAGGAAGUGAGAGAUGCGUGUGUCUUGGGGACAGCAGUGUGGUAAAACCCAGCCCCAGAGGCCCAAAGAUCCUUUUGCUCUCAAAAGCAAGGAUGAAAUCAAAAGGCAAAACCGAGAAACCCCGGCAGCAGCGACGCUCCCACGCCUGGUCCUGUGUGGUGGACGUCCAGGCAGGGUGUGGGGGAAAUGACCCCCCUGUGCCCCGGGAGAGAGGUGCCAGCCAGCGGGACACCUCAUCAGAGCCACAAGUCAGGCGCUGGUGGCCAGUGGCCGAUCUGCCCGCGUGUGCAGGCGAGGCUGCGCUUCGCUCAGGUCUCAUGUCCCCAGCGUCUCCGUGGCUCAUCCCGCAGUUAUCAAUGCAAUUUUCUAUUCCUUAAGAGGGAGAGUGGGUUUUUAUUGUAUAUGUGGGAAGGGGGAGGUAAGAGUAUCAUGUAUUUUAAUUUGGAACAAACUAGUCUUACUGCAGCCAUGGCUAGAAUUCACUACCUUAGUCGGUCCAUCGCAUGUAAAUACCAUGUGCUCUUCUGGUAUAAGUCUUAGAAACGCACACUGUGAGUAGGCAACCCUUAAUAAAGCACUGUCUGUCUACUA